AUGGGAGACAUAAGAGAAGCAGACCUGCUCCUUGCAGACGAGGAGUCGCUGUCAAAGCUAGAUGAUCACAGAGGUUGGAAGCCACGAUGGCUUGUCACCCUGAUGUCAACAGCGGCAGCAGCGGUGGCGCUAUUCGUGGUAGUGGCAACCGUACGCGGCACGACCGGUAAAGGUAAUGCAGACAUGCUCUGUACGGCACGGAACUGUUAUUCGGCCUCGGAAGGACGCUUAGCCUUCCCACAGCUGUCGGAGUCGGACAUCCCAGAAGGGUCCUGCUCUAGACCUUCAACUUUCUGCAGCAGAGAUGAUGACCACAUCGAGUAUCAUGAUUGUGACGGCGAUGAGAUUUUAGAUCCAUUCUGCAACAGUGCUGAGAAACUGAAAUUUGGCUUCCUGAGCUCUGCCAAUGGUUGCCGAAACAAUUGGCCAAACGGCUUGUGCCAAAAUCAGGAUGAGCCGAGUUACAUUGCGAGCUUGCGUGUAGUCCCUAGUCCAACAAAUGAGAUCACCAUCAUUCACUUCAAUGAUGUGUACCAAUUAGCCGGUGUGUUUGAACAUGGCAUGCGCAAGGGGGGCAUGUCUCGAGCUGCCUACGUCAUCGAACAGGCACGGAAACGGAAUCCUGACCGGACCUUCGUCGUCUUCGCGGGCGACCUGCUUUCUCCUUCGGUCCUGAGUGACCUUUUCGAAGGGGAGCAGAUGGUCGACAUCCUGAACUUCCUCAAUCUUACUGCUGCCUCCUUGGGCAAUCACGAGUUCGAUUUCGGCGUCGAAACGCUCAGGAAAAGGAUUCAGGAGUCCAGAUUCGUGUGGUUAAAUACCAACCUUCUGGAUGAAGCCGGCGCUUUGUUUCCAGGAACCCAGCACCACAAGAUCAUAGACAUCCCUUUCUCACCACGCUGGUCGGAGGGUGGUGACGUGAAGACCACUCGCGUUUGCCUGUUUGGUGUGGCUUACGAUGUGCGAGAGACAAUGUUCAAGGACAGACACAGGGUGAACUAUGUAGAUGCGCUUGCCGCAGCCCAGAAGGAGGCCAAGAUUCUUCGAGAUCAGCACCAGUGCAAGGUCGUCCUGGCUUUGACUCACCAGUUCGCCUCGGAGGAUUGCAAGCUAUCCAAGGCGCUGGGGAAAAGCGUUGAUCUGAUCUUGGGUGGACACGACCAUAGCACAGAGCUCAAGACAGUGUGCGGGCAUGCACCCUACGUGAAGGCAGACUCGGACCUGAAGACGCAGUGGAAGAUGAAGCUGCUGCUCACUGACGAAGGUACGGUGGACUCCGUCGAAGGUGAGCUGAUAACGCUUACAGACUUCGACCCAUUCUCGGUUGGUGUGCACAACAAGGUGGUUCAGUGGGAGGAGAGAGGCAGUGCUGAGCUGGCCAAGAAAAUCGGCUGUUCCAGUGCCCCACUCGAUGCUGUUACCCGACACGUGCGUCAGAGAGAGACGAAUGCUGGAAACUUUGUGGCUGAUGCCGUCAAGAACAUGCACAGGACACAGGUGGCCCUCAUCAACGGCGGCACCAUCCGAGGAGACAAGGUCUUCGCAGCUGGCGAUCUUUCGAAAGAGAUCGUCACAGAGUUGCAUCCGUUUGGGAACGGCAUUGUCAAGAUCUAUGCAACCGGUGCAGAGAUCAAGAACUACAUCGAUGAUUCGUUGAAGUGCUACGAUACUUUUUGUGGCAACUUCGUGAACCCCGCAGGGUUGCGGUACACGUUUGAUCCGGCAGCGCAACACGGACAGAGGGUCAAAAGCCUGACUUUCGAUGAUGGAAGGCCAAUUCCGGAUGAUGCCAGUCUCACGGUGGCGCUCACUGACUUUAUGCUUUCGACAUCCGCUCUGUCGUCGAAUCGUCUCUACAAUAUGGUCACAGUGAAUGAUGCAGUUCCCCUCGUGCAGGCACUGUUCACGGCAGUUCUUGAUGCGGGCACUUCGUGUAUCAACCCCAAAACGGAUGGGCGCAUACAAGACGUGCAUGGCGUCGUUCACGACAAGUGGCCUUUCCGUCUUGACAUUGACACAGAAUAUCAGGACUGGAUCCUCGUGGCGGUUUGCACGCUGGUCUCCUGUAUAUGGUGCUUACCCUGCAUUUGUGGACGUCUGAAUUAUCGAGCCAGCCGGAGCUUCUCCAGCUUUGUCUACACUCGCCUUCACGUCUACUUCUGCGUGGCGACCUACUUGAAUGUGUUUAUCCUGGUUUUCACCAUAGGUGUGUUGCCAGAUUGGACAGUGAAUGAGUUUUGCGUGUACUUUGUGGGCUUCGUUGACUGGGUCUUGAUCCAUACGGCGAAGCUGAUCACCUCGUUAUCCAUUCUGUUCGCAUUCUACGUGGUCUUCCGAUUCCGGAACAAAAUAGCCAUAGCUACUGGCUUAGAGCACAUCACGCUUAUUCGCUUCAAUUGGAGGGAUCUGUUCGGCCUCCGCUCUCGUCAGAGGCCCAUCGAGGUUUUCAUUUGGAAGGUCGAGGGGCUGCAGAGUGCAUCCUCCAAGUUCACGAAGCCUAACGAUCUCUUCGUCGAGUGUCAUAUGGGAUACAACGAGCCCAUGCGGACCCGCGUUCACAACAACGCCGGCAGUGAAGCUGUGAUAAGGGAGUCCUUUCAGCUGAACAUAGAUGAGAACUCGCCGGACACGUUGAUGACGCUUCUGGCAAAGGACCAGUCGUUGCUCACCAACUCCGAGAUUGCUCGGUUGACGCUCUCCACUAGAGAGCUGUGUGGCAUUGAGGAUCAGACCGGCAAGCGUCGAAGCACGUUUUCCUACGACGAGGACUCCUUCCUGGAGCUCAGUCUGAAUCCAUCCGGGAAGAUUUGGAUUGCAGUCGCUCCUGUCGACGAGGCAGCGGAGGAGGAACGAUCACUUUUGCUGCAAGAGGAUUCCUUGCUGCCCUGUUGA